CUAUAAUCCUUGUGGGAUUUUCUUAUCUUUGCUAUUGUUUGUAUAACUACAUUUGGAAGAUAAGCAAUAUAACGUUUUCAUUUGCUGUUGGAACUGCUUACCAAUGCUUGUAUAUAUCUGUGUAUAGCUACAAUCAAGAGUAGAGAACUGAAAGCUAUCAAUAACAUACACACUAAUCAUGGUGUACAUAGAUGUUUAGUGUGUAUGUUGUGUAACCAUGGUGUUUGUUUUGCAGCUGGCAGUCUGAUAACAAGUCGUGAUAUGCUACCCGGUCUCAACUACCUCACCAUCUCCAUUGACAAGUUUGGUAUCAAAGAUCCUCAAUACUACCUCGACCCUUACAUCAGUGUCAGUGUUAAAAAUUUCCAUGGCGAUGACAUAGAGGUGUCCCAGGACACUCCGCUAGCCAAUCAGAAAGAGGGCUCCCACAUCCAGUUUGGUGUGUCAGUGUUGAUACGAUCACCACUAGAGGAGCUGCCGGAGGGAGCGGCCAUCUUCUUUGAGUUCAAGCAUUACAAGCCGAACAAGAAGAGAGUCAGUACCAAGUGCUUCUCUUUCAUGGAAAUGGACGAAAUCAAACCUGGCAAGGCUGCUCUGGAAAUUUACAAAAAACCAACUGAUUUCCAUCGCAAGAAGUUGUCGCUGCUCUCAGCUAAGCCUCUCUACCUUCAACUGACUCUGAACAUUCACAAAAGCUAGCUCACUUGUUGCUAAGUAAUUCACAGUCUACUCUUGUACUGAUCACUUGUUUUCAUCAUCCCCAAGUUUGUUGUUCUUGUAACACAAUAAUGUUUAUAUUCAGCAAUAA